CUCUAGCUCUACCUCCAUUUAUAACUACUAACACCUGCAACUCUAACUUUAGGGAACUCCUUUCUCUUCUCACUUCCUUCAUACCUCAUGCGCGUCUUUCGUCCAGCUACAACCCUACUAAACGCUGUCUGCCACCAAUAUACUAAUAUAUUCCAACCCACCUGUGUUGCUCCCAUCUCCUCAUUAUCCUCCCCAAUUUCAAGCAUGUCGGCCCCAACUUCGAAUCCUGCUGCUCCUGUGAUAGCUGUCUGCCACGGCGGUGGUCCUAUGCCAAUUCUGAAUGAUCCUGGCCAUGCUGAGCUCAUAAAAUCCAUGAGCACACGUGUUCCCGAAAUACUUGGCAUCUCGCCCGAUUCUUCCAAUUCGAAUCCCCCAAAGGCUAUUGUAUUAAUUACCGCGCAUUGGGCUGAGACACGUCCUCAUAUAAGCAGUGCUGCGCACCACGAUUUGUAUUAUGAUUACUCUGGAUUUCCAGCCGAAACAUAUAAAUUGAAGUACCCCGCCCCCGGAAGUCCAGAAGUAGCAAAAGAGGUUUUUGAGUUGUUGGACGGGGCAGGAUUGAAACCAGUGUUAGAUGAGAAAAGAGGUUUGGUUUCUCGUCAAAAUAUCUUUGAUUUAUAUAGCUGACCACAAUCUUCGAAAAGGAUGGGAUCACGGCGUAUUCGUUCCUCUCCUUAUCAUUUCUCCCGCGGCACAAAUUCCCGUCGUCCAAGUCUCGGUCCUACAAUCGAAUUCCCCAGCCGCACACUAUGCCAUGGGCCAAGCUCUUGCACCUUUGCGGUCUCGCGGAAUCGCCAUUGUAGGUAGCGGCAUGCCAACAUUUCACAAUCUCCGUCUCAUGUUCUCUGGUGGCGCGGAAACUUCUUCAUUCAAAGCACGCAAUAAAGAAUGGUCAGACCGCUUGACUGAAACAUUAAAGGUUUCGGAUGCUGAACAACGGGGUAAAAAACUAGAGGACUGGAGGAAUUGGACUGGUGCUGAUGAGGCGCAUCCUGAGAGGGGUCAGGAGCACUUUUUGCCAUUGAUUGUAUGCGCAGGAGCUGGGGGCAAUGAAUCAGGUAAGGGCUGGGCGGAUAAAGUUAUGGGUUCACCGCAAUGGUCAUAUUAUUGGGAUUGAGGAUUUAUGAUAUAGCACUUUGAUACAUGGCGGAGUAAUAGUUAGGCAAAUUCCAUAUAUUCCAUAUCAUGUUCGUCAUUCUUGGAGUUAAUGAUGGGU